AAUCAAAUUUAAAUAGAGGAAGCAACCCUUUUUUUCCUUUCCUUUGUACAAUAAAUGAGCUCACUGCUCACCCAUCUUCCAUUUCUGCUGGCUUUCGUCAACGAAAAAUAAAGGAGAAAAAAAAUAUCUUCUCGCCGUCUCGCGUGCUGCCGUCUCCGUCUCCGGCGAUGGCGCCGCCACCGCCGCCACCGACGGCGACGAAGUACUUCUGGGGCGACUCCCCGGAGCCCGACGAGUACUACGCCUCGCUGGGUCUCCGCCACGCCGAGGCCUACUUCCAGUCCCCCUGCGGCCGCCUCUUCACGCACUCGUUCCACCCGCUCUCCGCCGCCAGCGACGGCGACGUCAAGGGCGUCGUCUUCAUGAGCCACGGCUACGGCUCCGACUCCUCGUGGAUGUUCCAGAACAUCGCCAUCAGCUACGCGCGGUGGGGGUACGCCGUCUUCUGCGCCGACCUGCUCGGACACGGCCGCUCCGACGGCGUCCGCGGCUACCUCGGCGACACGGAGGCCGUCGCGAGGGCGGCGCUCUCCUUCUUCCUCUCCGUGCGGCGGAGCGGCGCCUACGCCUCCCUCCCGGCGUUCCUCUUCGGCGAGUCCAUGGGCGGCGCCACCACCCUGCUCGCCUACCUCCGCUCCCCGCCCGACGCCGGGUGGGCGGGGAUCAUCCUGUCGGCGCCGCUGCUCGUCUUCCCCGACGACAUGUACCCGUCCCGCGUGCGGCUCUUCCUGUACGGCCUCCUCUUCGGCCUAGCCGACACAUGGGCGGUGAUGCCGGACAAGAGGAUGGUGGGGAGAUCGAUCCGCGACCCGGCGAAGCUGAGGGUGAUCGCGUCCAACCCGCGGCUGUACCGCGGCUCGCCGCGGGUGGGGACGAUGCGGGAGCUCGCACGCGUGACGGCGCUGCUGCGGGAGAGCUUCGGGGAGGUGGCGGCGCCGUUCCUGGUGGUGCACGGCACCGACGACGGGGUGACCUCGCCGGAGGGGUCCAGGAUGCUGUACGAGCGCGCGGCGAGCGAGGACAAGAGCCUCAUCCUCUACGACGGGAUGUACCACUCGCUCAUCCAGGGGGAGUCCGACGAGAACCGCGACCGCGUGCUCGCCGACAUGCGCGCCUGGAUCGACGAGCGCGUCCGCCGCUACGGCGCCGGCGCCGGCGCCGCGGCGGCCGACGGCCACGCCGAGGCGCCCGCGGCCUGACGACACGGCGGUGCGAUUCUACUAUGCUCGAUGUCCUCCUCCAAUUCGCUAGAUUUUUUCCUCUUCCUUUUUACUAGUAUCGAAUUAUCUCCACGGACAAAUGUUUUUUUUUUAAAUAAUGUAAAUGAUUUACACUCCUGGUCUCUAAUAAUGUAAAUGAUUUACAUUUGUGGUUUCUACAAGCAGGCGCACAAUCAAUAAGUAAAGAGAAGAUAAAUAAAAAAACUCGAGGUUAUGGGAUAAAUCCCAUCUAGGCA